CUAUCGGACGCGCGCGCGCAGUCAGUGGCCCGCAAGUCGCCGCGUCGCGCGCUCCGCUCUCUGAGCCGCUCGAUCCUACACCCGACUCAUUUUCCGAACGCACUUAACUCACAGCUCUAUCACAGAUGCGAACGAAAAUACCGAUUUAUUGAAUUAAAAUAAAGAGGAUUAUUUUAUAAAAAUCGUUUCUAAUAGAGUAAUCAAUAUUAAUAAUAUUAUUAAAACACGUGUUUAUAUAUAGUUCGCGCGAACAGAAUACGGUGUUGCUGAUCCACGUUUUUCACCUUGAGUGAAUAAAUAAUAAUUAGCGGGCGACGACGCCGCGAGAAAUUUCACUUUUUACCGGCAAGGAUCCUCGCGUCUACGGGCUGUCUAUACUCAAUGGGACCGAGAUUAUACCAUUAACUCAAGUAGUGUAUGAUGACAAACCAGCUCAGAAGACGAAUGAUGAGCACAUUAUCAAUAUCGAACUACAAGCAUAAAGCUUCGUAAAUGUUACGUCGAGCUCAUUUUGGACGAUUCCUUUGCCGGUAGUAGUGCGGUGACUGGUGACCAUAUAAGUGAAAUUUUAAUUUAAAGACGAUUAUUUUAACGUGGACUCAGAAUGCGUACUGACUGUCGGGUGUUAAGAAAGAUGGAUGUGCGGUGUUCGUUAUUCAAACUCUUAUUGUUCCAAAUGCUGGUGGCCUGGUGCGCCGCCAAGCAUGUCACGAUAGAUCUGACGAGGGAUGCUGGAGACGCGGACGAGAGGGAUGUCCAGGAUAGCAUAAGAAACCUAUUACAUACUGGUAUCUAUUCCCACCAACACCUGGACGCAUCGAAAGUGCAAGUGGUGCACCCUGUGAAGGUGACGACGCAUGGCGAGCUGGUCUCGCACGCCGUCGACCACGCCCAUGCGCACGGGCACGCGCGAGCUCGCAGGGAUCUACAACACACGGAGCAGCACCAGCCUCAUGUGGUUCAUUAUAACCUUACUGUCGAUGGCCGAGAACUCAGGCUGGACCUGAGGCCAUCAGUAACGUUUAUAACGCCAGCGAUGGUGGUGGAGCGCCACAGCGUGGACGGGAGAACUCGGGACCAUCCUCAUCCAGCUGCUACUUCAUGCCACUACACAGGGUCAAUUAGAGGACAACCUGCCUCUACCGUCGCACUCUCAGCAUGUGAUGGACUUGCGGGUCUCUUGAGAACGGAGCAUGGAGAAUAUUGGAUUGAACCAUCCAAUCAAAUACCGGCUGACAAGUCAGAACCAAGACCGCAUGUUAUAUUCAAAAGAUCUGCUGUCGAUAAAGUAGCCGCGUGGCACAGAGCUAAGAGAGAAGUCGACACUAGAACCAGAAGCAAUACUCAAAUUAGAGAUAAUCGGGAUAGAAAUCCAAGGCAAUAUAACAACAACCAACGAACUCGAGCUAACGCUAGACGAUAUCGCGAAAACAAAGAAGCAAUGGACAAGCGCAGACGAGAAUAUUUGGAACAAAGGCGAAGAAGAAUGGAAAUGAUGAGGAAAAACCCAGCGGAAUACAGAAGACAUCAAAGCAUGCUCCGCAUGGAAGAAAGAAGAUUACAGACAAACUCUAGAAGUCAGCCUAACUCUAGAAGUCAAUCUAGUUCUUAUGAGAACAGUAGAUCAUUAGAUCAGGCGUCAAUGAAAUCGAGAAGAAGGAACCGCAAUAGGUUGACAGAGGCACAGAGGAUGCGCAUCAUAAGGAAUAAGCAACGACGAAAAAGAUCGAAAAAUUGCGCCACGAAACAGCCAACGUACCUUUGGCGAAAACAGAACUUACUAAAAUCAGAAGCAGCACGACACAAUUACGAUCACAGUAACAAGAUGCAGCACCAUCCUCAUUACCCGCAUCAUCACAAUAUGGCGCAGCGCACUCUGGAUGGCGCAAGACGAAGCACACGCUCCGUGAGCAAGCCGCGCCACGUCGAAGUUUUAUUAGUCGCCGACAAAUCUAUGACCGAUUUCCACGACCAGGGCAGUUUGGAAACUUAUCUGCUUACUAUUAUGAAUAUGGUAUCGUCACUCUACAUGGACCCUUCAAUCGGUAAUUACAUAAAAGUGGUGGUUGUGAAGAUUAUCCUGGUGGAACAAAUCGAGGCAGCCCCAGAUCUAAAGGUAACGACGAACGCGGACAUAACCCUGGCCUCGUUCUGUCGCUGGCAACACAAGCUGAACCCGGAGGGAGACAACAAUCCUCACCACCACGAUGUUGCCAUUCUAGUAACCAGGAGAGACAUCUGUAGCCAACACGACACUCCUUGUAGCACGCUGGGAGUAGCACACGUGGCUGGGAUGUGUAAGCCAGAUCGCAGCUGUUCCGUCAAUGAGGACAACGGCAUCAUGUUAGCGCACACCAUCACACACGAAUUGGGACAUAAUUUCGGUUUAUACCAUGACACUGAGAAAAUAGGCUGCCAUCGACGUGAAGGUUCGACGCUGCACAUCAUGACGCCAAUCUUUGAAUCCGACACCGUUCAGGUGGCCUGGUCGAGGUGCAGCAAACGUGACGUCACCAACUUUUUAGAUGCGGGAUUGGGCGAAUGCCUAAGCGAUCGGCCUGCUCAAGAGCCAUCAUAUGUUUACCCCAAAGAUCCUGCCGGUGUAACGUUCGACGCGGCAAGUCAAUGCCAUUUACAGUUCGGUGCGGAAGCUGUCGUGUGUGCGAAGCCAACAGAGUUGUGUGAACAUCUGUGGUGCCUAGUGAACAACACGUGCAAGACUAUGCUGCGCCCCGCCGCGCCAGGAACCACUUGUGGACCCGAUAUGUGGUGUCAAAACCAGACCUGCGUUCCUCGUACUCCGUCACCGAAACCUCGAAACGGCGAAUGGGGCCCAUGGUCUGAAUGGAGCGAAUGUUCUCGAACGUGUGGCGCCGGGGUGUCCACACAGUCGCGCGAGUGCAACAACCCAGAACCCAACAACAAUGGCAACUACUGUAUUGGAGAUAGAAGCCGAUACAAGGUCUGCAACACCGACCCCUGUCCUAUCAACGAGCCUUCGUUCAGAGAAGUGCAGUGCUCCAAACAUAACAAUAUGACGUAUGGAAACGAAACUAUAACCGAGUGGAUACCUUACUACGAUCAGGACAAACCUUGCGAACUACAAUGCGUGCCUCGCGACGGCAGCGAUGUGGAAAUGUUAGGCGGGUUCGUCGCCGACGGCACUCCUUGUAGACAAAGCUUGGGGGCGCGGGACAUGUGUAUAGCCGGUGUAUGCUACAAAGUAGGUUGUGACUGGAUAGUGGGAUCGGAAACCGAAGAAGACAAAUGUGGAGUUUGUGGCGGCAAUGGAUCGGCCUGCAAAACUGUACAGGGCAUUUACAGCAAGGGAACUACCAGACAAUCUGGACUUAGCGAAGUUGCAGUCAUACCUGCCGGGUCAAGGAAUGUGAAAAUAGAAGAGAAAGUCAAUCCAGGCAAUUACAUAUCCAUUGGAAGCGCGAAGUCCAAUAAAAUAUACCUCACCGGAGCGAGAAAUGCAACUUUGACGGAAUACUUUGUAGCUGGAACUCAAGCUAUUUACGAACGAGACCGUGAUUGGGAGAAAGUACGGAUCGUAGGUCCGCUCGCAGAAGACAUCAAAGUUUAUCAAAGAAUAUACCGCGGCAGGCAUCGUAACCCUGGUGUGACGUACCAGUACACAGUGGACCAGCGCGUCCGUCGCCGGUACAAGUACCGCGUCUCUGAGUGGUCGGCUUGUUCUGUCACCUGUGGCGUUGGCUAUAUGAGGAGACAUCACGAAUGCGUUGAUGAAAAUAAUCGUGCAGUAGAACAGUCCAUGUGUUACCACAUCGAGUCGCCGCGCCACGAGGCCCUGAUGCAGCAGUGUAGGCAGCCGGCCUGCCCCACUCAGCGAACACUUCACACACACUGGUGGGUGGGUGCUUGGAACCCGUGCUCCAAACCCUGUCACAUGCCGGGCGAAGAAGCAAUAAAACAGCGCGGCGUGUACUGCGUGGAUAAAAUAACAAACAAAGUGAUAGACGACUCUGAAUGCGACGUACUUACGAAACCAGUGAGCACAAUCAAAUGUGCAGACGUACCGGCUUGCUAAUGGUGAAGAUAUCACGCACACAUGGAAUUGAAUCCAUAAGGAAACAUCGAUCAGUGAUUUUAUGAUACACAAUCAUAUUACACAGAGAAAAGUUUCAAGCAUAGUGUUCACAACACUACGUCUCGUCGACACCCCGGGCGACAACUCAUACCUGCUCAGUCAGGACAGCAGACUAUUCGCAUCUGCCACCAUUGAGCGAAAUAGGGUUCAGAAAGGAACGCAGAAAUAUGAUACCGAGACAAAUGCAUUUUUAUAGGCAAUGGUUGAAGUGAGACGUGAAGUGAUAAAAGUCAGUGUAGGACUCUAUCGAGCGACACUCGAAUUGCGGAGGUGUGAGUGACUGAGCGCCAGUGUUUUGUACUUGUUACAUAUUCUUUGCAAUAUGACAUAACCCAUCGAAUAGACAUUUAAUCAGUUACGUGUAAGUACUCGAAUAGUACCCGAACGUGGUGACGUGCGAAUCUCGCGAGUACAUUCAACAAUGCUCUGCAAUUACCACUUACUGCCAUAUUAUAAGUAAUUAGUUAAACAUAGUCUCUGUUUAGUUAUUAACUACUAAUAAAUAAUAUUUUAUAUUCUGUAACAUCAGUAUUAAAGUGGUGUAUGUAUUUCUAUAAAAUAAUGCAAAUUAACGUAAUGUGAACGAGUAUAAGUAUAUUAUAAAAAAUUUUGGACCAAAAAUAUUUUAGAAAUCAAAUUCACGUUGCCAUAAUCAUUUUUACUGCCAAUAUGACACUUGUAUGAUAUAAGUAGGUAUAUACAUAGGUCGUGUAAUGUUAUGUAUUAAUGGAUGAUUCAUAUUUUUGUACAAAUGAAUUAUUGAGUAUUGUGUUGUAUUUAAAUGGUAUAAUUAUAAUAUAAACGUACACAUUGUCACGCUGGGUAUCCAGAGCUGGAAUCUGAUCGCUUCUAUUGCAUACCUAUAGACAAUAAAUAAAUCAGCUAGUCAACAACUUAGGCAUUUGUACACCAGGCUUUACACAGUUGUAUUGUGUUUACAUCCAUAUAUCAUUCGAAUAACAUAGAGUAGCACUAGAAUGUAGAACUGUAGACCGUCUUACACUAUGGACUAAGUACCUUUAUAUUAAUUAGAAACGUACGUAAGGUUAACUUGUAAACAUGUUUCCUCUCAAAUAAUUUGUGUGUAUAAAAAUAUGGACUAAGUAUAUACAAUUGUGCCUAAUUCUGGAACAAAUGUUUCGGUAAUAUUUAUGAAUAUUUAAGAAGCAUUGUUUAUGUUCUCCUUUAUGUGACUAUGCAUAAUUUUAAAUAUUAGUAAUACAUUUAUUUAUCACGUAAUUAUUUUAAGUAUAUUAAUAUCAAUGUGAAAAGUUUCCAGUCAACUGAUGUUUCAGUUCUAAGAUGCAUCAGGGGCGCGUCGAUCGAUUGAUACACAAUUCUAAUUUUGUAAUGUUUAAACCGCUUUAGAGAACUAACCUAUGUGCACAGAUUACUUAUUAAAUCAACUGUUUACUUUUUUACUAUUGAUUGUAGGAAAAUAUUGUAUUGUUCUAUUUUACCAAUUACAAUUGUGUAUGUAAUAGAUAUGGCAAUAAAAUCGUGCAUUGUUUUAAAUAUGUUUUUAUUUUUGUUAAUACAAAACUUAUAACUUCUAAUUCAAUAAUCCCAGCUAAAAAUAUAAAUCACAGUUAUAAAAUAUAGGCGAAAUUAACUCUGGUCUUGCACCAUGAAUAAUAUUUUGAAAAUUAAAACAUAAAAUCACAUUUUGAAAUUGAGUAUCAGAAACGGAGCCAAUCACAUUUGAAAGACUAGUAGAUAGAGAAAAUACUUCAAAGUACUUACACAUAAAAAAUCAAGUGUUCAUAGAGAACUAGCUAAUAAUAGGAAUAUAAAUCAUACAAAUCAAUCAAUAAAAAUAUAGGAAUACAAGCAAAAAUAAUAUAGCUUAUUUAACAUUACACGGAAUUAUUUUGUGAUAAUAUCAU